AUGGGGGGUACGCAGGGAGAUGGUUCCAUUGCCAAGGAGCCAACCAAAUCUGGGGAUCUGUCAAUCGCUUCAACUGAAAAUGGUACACAAGAUGAAGUUGGCGAAGUUGGCGAUUUGCAAUCGAGGCCAUCUUCAGCGCGCCUUGAUACAGCGGAGAUAGCCCGAGUUCUCACCCCUGGCUCGAUCAAUCCUGGAAUGUCUCAUCGCGCACGAAAAGGCCCGCCUUCUGUUGUGCAUUCUAUGGCCGCACCAUCAAUCUCGGAAACGGGGGAGGGAGAAGAUCCGAGCUCGGUUUGUUCCCCAUUUUCCAAUGUUUCUGAGAACAAUUUAUCAACGUAUUCGCAGAUGGCGAGAUAUCUCGCUCGACGAGCAACUCUGCUCGGCUGGUUUGACGAAGCUAGAAGUGAUAAUGGCCUCCAGCAUUGGUCUUCAACCUGCGUAGCAGUUCGCACUUUCGCUGAUGAGUAUUCCUUUUUCCCGUACAAUGUCAAUCCCACACUGAGUGAUGCCAUCGUACGACUUGGCGAGACAUCUGCAAUUGCAAUGUCUUCUACCUUUACAUCAGCUCUGAUUGAUUCCAUCGCGCCGGGUCAAAAGAGUCUCAUUAUGGACAAUACCAGUGCUCGCAUCCCAAUUGUCUCCUGUCUCAACGAUGUCAAUCCCGAUCUCGUUCAUUUUGCACGAGCUUGCAUCGUAGUGCAGGAGAGAAUCAUUUUGGUAUGGUCUCAUGAUGCUGGUGCAAUUCUCAAUGUGGCCUUUGACGUCGAGAGACAGCUCGGCAAGACGGGACCUCGUAUCUCGAAUCUCACAAGUCCCCGAGUCUCCGGGCGUUCCUCUCCCUUCGAUCUCGACACCGAUGCGCUGGCUUCUACCCCCUCCAACAGCAUGAUUGUUCCGGUUCGAGGAGCACUUGACGAGAAACAUGAGGUUUACAGCAGGGCUGUCGCCCUGGAAAAUGGCGAAGAGGAGGAUGAUCCGGUUGUGGAUCUGGAAGGGAAUAUGGCUCCCAGGCCAACCCAUCGAAUCCAUGCGUUCAAGAUUAGCUUUGCUAUCAUGCUGGUGAUUCUGACACAGUCGCUUGGAGUGGCUCGCUUGAUCAAUGAAUGGGCAUGGGACGGAGACUUUACUCGCUUUGCAUUGGUUUCUACCGUUCCUCCACUGUCACUAUUCUCUCUGUUCUUUUUUAUUGUUCUCGUUACAAGCGCGUUCCAACUUCUACUACCGGCAACCUUCUGCUUGAAGAACUCCAAGUUCCAUUCUGCCAUCAAACCGAACCUCAAAUUCCACCGCGACUAUGAGCUACCCCACAUCACUAUCCAAAUGCCCGUAUACAAGGAGGGUCUGAAAGGUGUUAUUGUCCCCACCAUGAUGAGUGUCCUCGCCGCCGUCCAAUUUUAUGAAGAGCAAGGAGGCACUGCGUCUGUCUUUAUCAAUGACGAUGGCAUGCAGUGUAUUCAGCCUGAGCUUGCCGAGGCCCGCAGGCAAUACUACAGGGAGAACGGAAUAGGUUAUACCGCCCGUCUGCCGAAUAAGAAGGGAUCUUCGAAGAAGGCGUCGCGAUUCAAUUGGUUCCGCAAGAGCAAGUCAGUCGUGGAAAAUACCGAAUCUGAGAAAGAGGAAGACACCACUAGCCCCCAGGCCAUCGCGAACAAGAUUGGCUUCGAGCGCAAGGGAAAAUUCAAGAAGGCUAGCAAUAUGAAUUACGGUCUCGCUUUCUCUAACAGGGUUGAAGAUGAGAUGGUUCGCCUGGUUGAAUUGGAAUGCCAGAGUCGUGGAUGUAUGAACGAAGACUUAACUGUCGAAGAUGAUGAUCGGAUUUACCAACAAGCUCUUGCCAAUAUGCUCACUGAGGAUGAAGGUCGCACUUGGGCCAAAGGAAACAUUCGCAUUGGUGAACAUAUUCUCAUCAUUGACUGCGAUACUCGAGUUCCUGUUGACUGUCUUCUCUACGGAGCAUUGGAGAUGCACGAGAGUCCCGAAGUCGCAAUUGUUCAGCACGGCUCUGGUGUCAUGCAAGCUGUCAACAACAUGUUUGAAGACGGCAUCGCCUACUUCACCGAUGUUGUAUACACGGCUAUCAAAUAUGGUGUUGGUUGUGGUGAUGUAUCUCCCUUUGUCGGCCACAAUGCCUUCCUCCGAUGGAAGGCAAUCCAGAGCAUUUCAUUCGUGGAUCCAUCAGAUGGUGAAACUAAGUGGUGGUCUGAUGCACAUGUCUCUGAGGACUUUGACAUCAGUCUUCGCUUGCAGAUGCAAGGCAUGACCGUUCGUCUGGCUACAUACCAUAACGGUGGCUUUAAAGAAGGCGUGUCUCUCACCUUGUAUGAUGAGUUGACGCGUUGGGAGAAGUAUGCAUAUGGUUGUAACGAGCUUGUUUUCCAUCCCUUCUAUAAAUGGCCUUACAAGGGACCCGUCACAAGACUCUUCCUUCGUUUCUUGUGGAGCAACAUGCCCGUCACCAGCAAAAUCACCAUCAUUGCUUAUAUCUUUACCUACUACGCAAUCGCAUCGGGUAUGCUUUUGGCUACAGUGAACUAUGUCAUUGUCGGUCUUUUCAACUCCUCGAUUGAUCACAUCUACCUUCAAUCUUGGGGAAUUUGGAUUUCUCUGGUCGUGGUAUUCAACGGUGUUGCCUCGGUUGCAUUUAGUAUGGCUCGCCAUCAGCUGAAAGAGAUGGUUUUCUGGAAAGCCCUUCUCAAGUCAUUGAUGUGGCUCCCAUUCUUGAUCGUAUUCUUUGGUGGAAUUAGUCUCAACUGCGCCAAGGCUAUUCUUUGUCACGCGUUCAGCAUCAACAUCGAGUGGUCCUCAACUGCUAAAGAGCCCGGUCCAUCUGGCUUCUUCAUCGGUCUUGACAAGAUGGUCAAGAAAUUCAAGUAUACUUGGGCUAUUUGCGCCUUCCUUGCUGGCGCAAUGAUAUUUAUGGCCCUUGGUACUCCUUGGGGUUGGAAGAUCAAGCCCGGCGAAUAUUCGACUGCCAGCAUCGCGAUCGGUCCGCUGGCUAUCCAGAUCGUCAAUGCCGCUAUUCUCCCGUUGAUUCUGGGCUUGAACUAA